AUGUGGCCACGGCUAUCCCGUCCAAUAGGAGAGGAAACGCGGGAUCGAAGCAGAGCGGGCGUCGUCGUCACUAGGGGCGGCCGCGGUCGUCGUGGUCCGCGUCGGUGGCGCUCGUCGUCGCCGUUCGCGUGCACUUCGGCUGCUGUCGCUUCGCACGCGGUGGCGUCCGCAAACGGGCCACCCGAUUCGAUAUCCACAACAAGCGGGACUUUGCCGUCGCUGUCUUAUUUCGAAUUCCCGCUCUGUGUGUUCACACUGCGACCUAUGGAGACUGAAGCCCUCGACCUACAUUGGUCUCACGGACUCCAGAGGAUUGAACAACGAACAAUCUAUCUAUCUAUCUAUCUAUCUAUCUAUCUAUCUAUCUAUCUAUCCCAUACUGUUCAUACUUAUCUAACUAUCUGUCACACUCCAUUUCGUUCUUUCAGGCAUGAUUCGAUGAUUGGUUACUUUUUUAUCUAUCUAUCUAUCUAUCUAUCUAUCUAUCUAUCUAUCUAUCUAUCUAUCACAAUUUGUUCAUACUUAUCUGUUAUUGCAAUCUCGCAUGCGCUGACACAGUUCUUCCCUUGA